AUGCAAUGUCUUGAACAUCCACACAAGCACUGCCGUCCUUGGUCAACCGACCUGCCCUCCUUCUCCUCGACCGCCGUCUACUCUGCCGCCUCCGGGUUUGCCCACAAGAACUUUCCCCUGGAGUGCGAGGACCUCUGGUCCACUCGAACCAGUAUUCUCCCCCCCUACCCCGACAUUACACCCUCGUCAUCAAUUUUGGCCGUUGCUUGCGUGACGUACGAGGCGAUCGUCUGCUGGGCCGAGGAUAAUGUCCAGGACUACCGGUACGACGUUGAGGACAUUGUGACUUUGGCUCGAGACGGCUUCCACACGUUGGGGAUGUCCGAGGGUACGAGCACACGUGGGUGGACAACCUUGCGACAGGCCCUCAAGGAGGUGCCUCAAGACAUCCAGAACGAGGUCAAGAGCCAGAUGAGACCAAUGGGUACCGGACCGCUCACAAUGAAGUCCAAGGUAUUCAAUGCCUCGAUGGCCGCAAGUAUUCGGGAGGAGUGGUCGACGUGGGGCAAAGAGUUGUGGGAGAGGUGGUGGGAGGAGGCCAGGACUCUGGGAGAAAAAGACAUCCGGGCUCUGUUCUCUAGCCGGCCCGAGGAGCAUGCGAAGAUGGAAAAGAGCGCGAGGCGAGCGGGGUAUGACCGGGCCUGCAAUGUCUGGAAGACCAAUCUUCGCGAAGAUUGCCCUUGGGACAAUAUGGCCGAUGAUGACGCCAUGUCCAUGAUCGAACGCGAGAUCGGGGAAGGGAACGACGAUCGGAAGGAUCAAGUCAUCCACUUCGUCGGAUUCGGCGCCAUAUUCGACUGUGAGGGCGGCGCCAGGCAGCUUCAUUGGAAACGGCGUUUAGGCGAGUGUGGCUUCAGAGGCACUGUCUACCUUCAUGAGAAGAAGUGUCAUCGUGGCGUCGGCUUCAUCCUUCUCGGCCAAUCCGUCACAGGCAGGACCCUCAGGCAUGAAGAAACCCGUCAUUGCGGCGUCGGCUUCAUCCUUCUCAGCGAAACCUUUAUUUGGGGCCCCAAGUACCGUCGGCGCAUAUCCGAAUUCGACAAAGUGGAUGACUCUAUCCUUCAGAUCGUGGUUUCCCCCAUCUUGCGUUCGAUCAUAGACAUCGCCUCAUCAGCCGCCUCUGCAAUAUGCCAAGGGCAAUCUUCGCGAAGGUGGAGUAUCAAGGCAUCGCAUUUGGUUGGUAGACGAAUGGGAAGAUCGAAAGCAAAGUUGCGCAAGACGACCGUCGUCCCUUCGAUCCAUCCUCUCGCAACCGUUUUUCAAGACCGUCCCACUCCUCCUCGAGUCUCCGCCUUACUUCAAAAAUCUUCCUGUACCCUCCGAGUCCACUCGCCGCAUGCCCCAAUACGCCAUCCAGAUCAUCUCACCUUUUCGCGGUUCGAGAUGGCUCCCAUCACCACCUGCAUGAUGCUAUUUGCCGGGGUGGUAUUGUAG